AUGGAAGUACCCGAAGCUCCUGUCUUCCCUUUACUCAAGGGGAAAGUUGCAAUUAUAACCGGUGCCGCUCAAGGCAUGGGCAAGACGACCGCAGCCGUUUUCCUACAAGCUGGUGCCAAAGUGGUAAUUGCGGACAUUAAGACCGAUCAAGGCGAGGAGGUAGCAAAGGAGCUUUCUGCUCUAGGCGACGUGCGCUUUGUGAAAACAGAUAUUUCUAAGUCGGACGAGGUUCAGAAUCUCAUUGCGCAGACGGUCAAGGAGUUUGGACAAUUGGAUGUUGCAAUCAAUAAUGCUGCUCACUAUCCCGACAACAGUCCUCUGCUUGACUUCAAUGAAGAUACUUGGAGAAGACUGAUGGAUGUUACCUUGACUGGUACGGCACUAUGUGUGAAAUAUCAAAUGCAACAAAUGCGAGAACAAGGAACAAAGGGAUCUAUUGUGAACAUUGCCUCUAUCAAUGCAUUCUCACCCGAGCCCAAUAUGCCCGCGUAUACUACGGCUAAGCAUGCGCUAAUCGGAUUGACCAAGCAUGCCUCCAACGAGGGUGGUCCUUUGGGUAUCCGGGUGAAUGCUAUUGCACCGGGUCCAAUUUUUAGUGAGAUGUCUGCGGCUGCUUUAAAAAUCAUGGGAACGACCCCCGAGGCGUUCGCAGCAAAGGCCACCAGUAUGAGCCGAUUUGGACAAGGCCACGAGGUGGCACAAGGAUCUCUCUGGCUUGGCUCAGAUUGUUCAUCAUACGUUAAUGGGGUAUGCUUGCCUAUCGAUGGUGGAGCCUUGUCAAAGUGGUAG